CACCUCUGCCUCCCAAAGUGCUGGGAUUACGGGCAUGAGCCAGCGCAUCUGGCCACCUUAUUUUCUAUUACUGGCUCAAUGUAAUGGCUCCAUCUCAGGAACAGCCAAUGAAAGAGAUGCACAGGACAAGAGAUGGGACCUCAGUAUGUUGCCACGGCUGACCUUGAACUCCUGCACUCAAGGGAUUUUCCUGCCCUGGCCUCCCGAAGUAUUGGUCUCACACUGUCACCCAGGCUGGAGUACAGUGGCACAACCUCUGCUCACUGCAGCCUCCACCUGCCAGGCUCAAGCAAUUCUCCUGCCUCAGCCUCCCGAGUAGCUGGGAUUACAGGAAGUGACCUCACAAUGACUCAAGCUACCACAUACUGUUGAUUGUGAAAUGCCAGUUGAAGCAUAUGUCCUGCGAGCUUAGGGGUGCUACAAGUUGACCACUGCAGCAGUAAAGAUGACUCUGAAGAAUGGCGUGGGAUGGAUCCUUUCGAAUGCACUUGAGCAGUGGUUUCCAACCACAGGGCCACAGAGCUGGAGGUGAGUAGCAGCUGGAUCUACCAUGAAAGACUUCUGAAUCCAGGAAGAGAGACUGACUGGGCAACAUGUUAUUCAGGGUCUCCCUCUGUUGUCCAAGGCUGGAGUGUAGUAGUGCUAUCGCAGCUGACUGCAGCCUCAACCUUCCAGGCUGAAGCAAUCCUCCCAUCUCAACCUCCCACGUGGCUGAGACUACAGGUGCUUGCCACUAUGCCCAACUAAUAUUUGGAAUUUUCGUACACGUGGAUUCCAGAGGGGUGACAGCGAAACGUGGGACCAUCCAGUUGCAGGAAAACAAGCUUAACACGCCCACUGAUUCUACAUUAUGCUCCUACCUCCUGGCAGCCUCUCCAGGCCCAGAACUUUCUCCAGUCAGCCUCUACAGACCAAGCUCAUGACUCACAAUGGCCUAUUUAGGCCCAUACCCUACCUCACGGCAGUCUCCGCUGAUGAGCCUACUGCCUCACAACAGCCUCCACAGGCACAGCUCCGUCGUUACAAUGGCCUCUUUAGACCCAGCUCUUGCCUCCCAGCCUUCUCUCCAGGCCCUGAACUUUCUCAAGUCGACCUCACCAGGCCCAGCUCAUGCUUCUUUGCAGCCUCUCCAGGCCCAGCUCCUGCAUCUUGGUGGCCCCUCCAGGCACAGCCUCUGCCUCCCGUCGGCCUCUACAGUCCCAACAUCUGCCUCAGAGCAGAUUCUUCAGGCCCAGCAUCUGCCUCACUGUGGACCCCCCAAGCCAAGCUCCCAACCUUUCAGCAGCUUCUACACACCCAGCUCUUGCCACCCAGUGGCCUCUUUAGGCCAAGCUCAUGCUUCACAAGGGCCUUUCCAGGCCCAACUUUUGUCUCAUGGCAACCUUCCCUGGCCAGAUUCCUGCCUGUCUCCCAGCAGCCUAGACAGGCCCAGGUCUUGCCUCACACUGGCCUCUCUACAUCCAGCUCAUGCCUCACGGUGGCCUCUCCAGGCUCAACUCCUGUCCCAGGACGUCAUCUCCGGGCCCAAAACUUACUCAAGGCAGACUCUCUAGUCCCAACUGCUGCCUCCUGGUGGAUUAUGAAGGCCCAAAAUCUCCUCAAGUUGACCUCUACAGGCCCAGCUCCUGCCUCCUGUGAGCGUCUACAGGCCCCACCUCUGCCUUAUAGGGGCUUCUCCAGGCCCACCUCUUCCUCUUGGCUGGGUCUACAGGCACAACUGCUGCCUCACAACAGCCUUUUUUGGCCCAGUUCCUGCCCAGCUCCCAGCGGCCCUGGUAGACCCACAACUUCCUGAAGCCAAGUUCCCCAGGCCCAGGUCAGGCCUCACGGUGGCCUCUCCAGGAUGAGCUCCUGCCCUCCGACGGCAUCUGCAGGCCCCAAAUGGUCUCCAGUCGGUAGGCUCCUCCACGCCAAGCUUGGGCCUCCCGGCGACCUCUGCAGGCCCAAGUUGUCCUGAAGUCGGCCUCUCCUGGCCCUGCCUCCCAGCAAGUAAGCAAGCUGUUUUGGCUCUACUCCUGCCCAGCUCCCAACCGCCUUUCUAGGCCCUGAACUUUCUCCAGCCAAGCUCUUCGGGCCUACUUCAUGCCUCCCGGUGGCCUGUACAGGCCCAGCACUGGUUGGAGAACAGCCUCUGCAGGCCCCGCUCUUGCCUCCCAGGGGCCUCUCCAGGCCCAGCCCUUGCCCCCACGGCGGCCUCCCGGGGCCAAGUCCCUGCGUGCCUCCCAGCAGCCCAUGUGCGGCCCAGCUCCUCCUCACAGUGGCCUGUUGAUGCCCAACUCAUGCCUCUGGCACCCUGCCCAGAGGCAUGAGCCCCUGCCUCACACUGGCUCCUCCCACGCUGAGAGAGGUCAGCGUGAGCCCUUGCCUCACACCGGCCCCUACCAGGCUGACAGAGGUCAGCGGGAGCCCCUAGCCUCACACUGGCCCCUCCCAGGCUGACAGAGGUCAGCGUGAGCCCCUUGCCUCACACCGGUGCCUCCCACGCUGACAGAGGUCAGCCUGAGCCCCUUGCCUCACACCGGCCCCUCCCACGCUGACAGAGGUCCGCCUGAGCCCCUAGCCUCACACCGGCCCCUCCCAGGCUGACAGAGGUCCGCGGGAGCCCCUAGCCUCACACCAGCCCCUCUGACGCUGACAGAGGUCCGCGGGAGCCCCUUGCCUCACACCGGCCCCUCCCACGCUGAGAGAGGUCAGCGUGAGCCCCUGCCUCAACAGGCCACCGUGAGGGAGGAGCAGGGUCGCACGCGGGCUGCUGGGAGGCAGGCAGGGACUUGGGCCUGGGAGGUCACAGUGGGUUGAGAGCUGGGCCUGGAGACAUCCCUGGGAGGCAACAGCGGGGCCUGCAGACGCUCUUCUCCAGCCGGAGCUGGGACUGUUCAGGCUACUGGCGGCGGGAUGUGGGCCUGAGAGCUUGGUUGCAGAAACUUCGGGGUCUACAAAGGCCGGCGGGAGCUAAGCCAAAAGAGCUUGUUUGCUGGAAGGCAGGAGCUGGGCCGGGAGAUGUAGCCAGGAGGAACAGCUGGGCCUGAAGAGGCCGCCAUGUGGGAGGCAGAGGCCUGGCCUCCUCAAGUCGGCCUCUCCAGACCCAGUUGCAGCCUCCCGGCAUCCUCUCCGGGCCCAGCUCUUCCUCCCGGCUGCGUCUCCAGGCCCGCCUCUGGCCUCCCAACAACGUCUUUGGACUCAGCUCCUGCCCAGCUCCCAGCGGCCCUGGUAGACCCAAAACUUCCCGAAGCCAAGCUCCCCAGGCCCAGCUCAGGCCUCACGGUGGCCUCUCCAGGCUCAGCUCCUGCCCUCUGAUGGCAUCUGCAGGCCCCAAACGGCCUGCGGUCGGUGGGCUCCUCUAGGCCCAGCUUGGGCCUCCCGGCGGCCUCUGCAGGCCCAAAUCGUCCCAAAGUCAGCCUCUCCAGGCCCAGCUCUGGCCUCCCAGUGGCGUUUGCAGGCCCAAGUCGUCCUCAAGUCGGCCUGGAAUUGGGCCUGGAAGAGCAGCAAGUCGGCCUCCCCGGGCCCAGCUGCAUCCUCUCGGCGGCCUCUCCAGGUGCAAAACUUCCUCGAGUCAGCCUCUCCAGGCCCAGGCUCCUCCUGCCUCCCAGUAGCCUCUUUCAGCCCAGCCCAGCCCAGCUCAUGGCUCUCGGCGGCCUUCCCAGGCCCCGCUUUUGACUUUUGGCGGCCUCUUCAGGCCCAGAACUUGACCUCCAGUGGACCUUUGCAGGCCCGGCCUCCUGCCUUUCGAAGGCCUGUACGGGCCCGGCCUCGGCCUCGGCCUCACAGCGGACUCUCCACGCCCAGCUAGCUCUCACCUCACUGCGGCCUCCCCAGUCCAAAGCUCCUGCCUUUCGGCUGCUUCGGCAGGUCCAGCUCCUGCCUGCCAGUGGCCUCUUUAGGCCCAGCUCAUUCGUCACAACGGCCUUCCCAGGCCCCGUUUUUCCCUUCUGGCAGCCUCUUGGUCUCUAAUUUGUUUAUCUUUUGUGUAUAAAUCCCAAAAUAUGGAAUUUUUGAAUAUUUCCACCAUUAUAUAAAUAUUUUGGUAGGUAA